AUGGAGAGCUGGAGUGUUGCUAUACUUGGUGAUGCCGGUGUUGGUAAAACAACUUUGGCUAUUCAAACUCCAUACGACCCGACAAUAGAAGUUUAUAGCAAGCAGUUCAUGGUAGAUAACAGGAUAUGCUUCGUCGAAGUUAUCGACACUUCUGGGUUUGACUUGGAGGAGUACCUUUCGGCCGCGCGGGAAAACCAGGGAUUUAUUCUGGUCUACUCCAUCGCAUCUCGGGUGACGUUUGAACGACUGGACAUUUUCAUAAAGUUGCUCAAAGCCAAGCUCAAAAAACCUACCUUCAUACUGGUCGCGAACAAAUCCGAUAAGAUCGAUCAGCGUGAAGUCUCACGCGAGGAGGGCAUUGCAUUCGCCAAGAUAUGUGGCUGUGAAUUCAUGGAGGCCUCAGCAAGCACAGCAUAUAAUGUUGAGUUCCUCUUCCAAAACCUAGUACGUGCCCUACGACAGGCGAGAGCCAUGACUCGGAGUGGAUCAAGGCGAAAACAGGACAAAAAGAAACCCGUUAAAUGUGUGGUUAUGUGAAGGAUAUGAUCAUUAUUAGCGACU